AUGUUUAUUCACAAACAAGAAAAGAUGCCACAACGAAAGAGAACAAUGGACUCACCACAAGAAGAAGAUGUGGAGGUGAAGAAGAAGGCGACGGAAGUGGAGUACGUUGUCAGGUCGUUGGCAUCAGAUGAGCCAGCUCCAUUUUCCGACGAGGCGUUGGCGAUUACGACAAGAGAAGCGGUGGAUUAUUCAAAGAAAAUAACUUUGGCAAUGGCAGAAGCUAAUGAGGCUGGCCGACCUGUGCGAAUUUAUGCUGAUGGAAUUUAUGAUCUGUUCCAUCAUGGGCAUGCGAAUCAACUUCGCCAAGUGAAGAAAAUGUUCCCAAAUGUCUACCUUAUUGUUGGAGUUUGUGGUGAUCGCGACACUCACAAGUACAAAGGAAGAACAGUCACUUCAGAAGAAGAACGUUACGAUGGUGUUCGGCACUGUCGGUACGUUGAUGAAGUCUACAGAGAGGCUCCAUGGUUUUGUACUGUCGAGUUUUUGAAAAACCUUAAAGUUGAUUUCAUUGCUCAUGACGCUAUUCCAUAUGUUGCACCAGGAGAGGAGGACUUGUAUGAGAAGUUUCGUAGAGAAGGAAUGUUCUUGGAAACGGAACGAACUGAAGGUGUCUCUACAAGUGACGUCGUCUGCAGAAUCAUCCGUGAUUACGAUAAGUACGUGCGUCGUAAUUUGCAAAGAGGAUAUUCACCGAAAGAGCUCAACGUCGGAUUUUUGGCGGCAAGUAAGUAUCAAAUUCAAAACAAAGUCGACUCGUUGAAAAGCAAGGGAAUCGAGCUUCUGUCCACCUGGAAAAGCAAAUCAGACGAUAUCAUCCGGGACUUUAUAGAUACAUUCCAUAAGGACGGAGGUUUGAACGCAUUCGGUGGACGUCUGAAGGGAAUAAUGUCAAUGUCUCGUUCACCAUCACCAUCUCCUCACGAAGGAUCUCCAACCGGUAUCGAGCAUCACCUCGAAACUCAGGACGAAGAAGAAGAAGAGGAGGCACUGGAAGAGGAAAAAGUCGUCGAACAGAAAAUUGUAGAAAAGAAAGAAGUCGUGAAGAAAAGGUCCUCUAGAAAUAAGGCAAAGACUCCUUUGGAGUAUUAACUUCAUAUUUUUCAGCUCUUGACCUAAAAACGUAUUUUUUUGAUUCAUCUCCUUUCCCUUCUCAAUAACUUUAAUAUUUAAUUUUUUAACUAUUAAGUUUCUUUGUUUUUAUUGACAUCUUGCAAGAUUUGAAAAGAAAUUCAAACUAAAAAGUGUAAAUAUAAUUUUGUUCAUGACUACACCCAACAUUUGCUGUUCUCAUGACAAUUGUUCGUAAAUCAAGUGUCUGAAGUUUUCCUACUAUUUUUUUUGGAAAAAAGUAUAUAAGGGUUUCCCUCUGCAUUUUUGUAUUUUCAAUUAAAUGAAGCUUUCAUAAAUGUG